AGCUCGUUGAGCGUUCUUUUGUUAUCAACUCUUCCAGCUUAUGAGUGGUUCAUCACUGCCUUACAUUGGGAGCAAGAUCUCGCUCAUCUCCAACGCGGAGAUCCGCUACGAGGGUAUACUGUACACGAUCAACACAGAGGAGUCUACUAUAGCCCUGCAGAAUGUCAAAUCGUUUGGCACCGAAGGUCGCAAGGUUCCUAACGUCCCUGCCAGCGACGAGGUUUAUGAUUUUAUUAUAUUCCGAGGCAAGGACAUCAAAGAUCUCACUGUCCUCGAGGGCGCUGGUCAAAAGGCUGGCGCUCUCGUCGACCCAGCUAUUGUGAGCAUGAAUCAAGCCCCUAAGGUUGGUGGUACCAAUCGUCAACAGAGAGAUGAUAGAAGUGGUGCUCGUGGUGGUGGUGGUGGUCGCUGGGAGGAUCGUCGUGGUGGCAACUGGGGUUACGGUGGUAAGGGUUACGGUGGCAAAGGUAAGGGUGGUGGCUACUACUCUGGCGGUGGUUAUUCGGGUGGUGGCUACUCUGGUGGUGGUUACUAUGGUGGAUAUGGUCGCAGCGAGAGGCCCCAUAGGAGGCCUCCUACUCGUACAGGUCCUGUUGGUGAAUUGGUCCCGAACGUGAAUCCUGAGGCUAAGGCUGAGGUGAAGGAGGAGUUUGAUUAUGCUGGCAAUGCUUCCAAGCUCGAGAAACCCGACGAGAGUGCUGUUUCCACUGCUGGUACGACUGUUAGGACUGGCUAUAGCAAGAACAAGGGAUUCUUCGACGACAUCUCCUGUGAUGCUCUGGACCGUAAGGAGAGGAGCACUCAAGGUGCUGCAGUCGAUCCGGCUAUCUUCGAUCAACGAGCUAAGCAACGAGCCACAGAUAAAGAGACUUUUGGGGCGAUCGCUGCUCAGCGUCGUCCUUUCGGUGGCUAUCGACGCCCGUAUGGUAAGGGUCGUGGUGGUAAAGGCGGCAAGGGUAAGGGCCGUAACUAUUAUUAAAUGACUAUGUUUCACAGCAUUAGAGGUGGGUACGAUGUGAGUAUUAUAAUGAAUCGUAGCGUCUAUCAAACGCCCAGCGAUUCAUCCUAUCUGAUGAGAUUCCCAUAAGCACCUCAACUCCUGAGGUUGGUGCCUUAACUGUUGCUGGUGUAAUAGUACUAUUCAUCGAAUGAGUUAUGUAUGGAUUAAUCCUCUGAUAUUGUGUCAUGUGUCGCUUGCGUUCAUGCGCAUAUCUUUGUGAUUCAGUGUGUUCAGUGAUAGAACUGCGGAUGCAGUGGCACACACACUACUUGAUAUCCUAUAAGAUUAGAACCUUUUAUUGUCAAUACACCUCGCAUUGAUCCCCCCUAUUGCUGUUAGUCGCUGUAGAAAUCGCUAUGAAGAAUAUCAGCUAGACUUGUGUUAUGUCUUCCGCCUAUUUCAUGUAGAUCGUCAUUACUACCGCCAUCUUACUGGUGUGGUGGCUCAGUAGUUCAGAGGGUAUUUAUGAACGUCCGGAGAUCUUAUUAGUUGCAGCUGCUGAAUCGAGGUUUGAUUUACGCGUCGUUGGGUUUGAUGAUGUGUCAGUCUAACCCUAAAUUACCCAC